GGUUUCCGCACCCUACCUAGUGCACUAGAUGUGUGAUUUUGGGAUUGAACCGCGGAGGACAUUUCGGAGGGGAUUUUGAAAAGCUUGUAUGUUUAUGGAGCUUUGUUCAGGAAGUUAAACGCUUUAACUGGUUUAGCGUUAAAUGGUUUAAACCGCGAUUUAUUUUCUGUUAUUUCCGUCUCUUCCUGUAAUUACAGCGUUCUUGUAAAAGGUGAAGUGUAAUGCAGCGUGCGGUAGCAGUGCGUGAGCCGCUAGGUGCUCUCAUGCCUGGGCCCCGCCCGCUGGAGGGGAAGUCCUUUUACCUGGAUGAGGUGAAGAGUCACUCGUGUGGUGUCCUCACCAAGCUCAUCAUCCGCCUCGGAGGGAACGUCGAGAGUUUCCUCUACAAGGACGUGAACGUCGUCAUCACGGGAAACAGGGACGCCCUGACUGACAUCACGGCCUCGUCGAAAAAGGUCAAAGGUCACGAUGUGGCUCAGCGCCCGGGAACCCCGAGAGCCCCGGUGUGCGGAAGCCGAGGAAAAGCCUUGUUGGAGAAAGCCAUCCGCAAUAAUGAGCAGUUUCAGGGUGGUGCGUUAUCCAGUGCUGCUCGCUACUGGGGGGUGAAGAUCGUGUCUGUAGACCAGUUUAUGAAGGUUGUAGAGGAGCUGAGCUCACACCGCUCCACUCACACACACCGCAGGAGAGAGGAGAAGAAUUCGAGUGAAUGUGCGAGUGUACGUGUCGUCAAAGCUGGCAGCCUGAAGGUGGACUUUGUAAAGGUGGAGGACUCGAGCAGGAAGUACAGGCCGCUGCAUGGCCAGCGUCUGGAUUUCCCCAUGCUGAGCUACACAAGAAGAUUCAGCCCUUUUGAAAGCCCUGCCCCAGUGCACCCUGGGAAGACGAAAGCAGACGAGCUCGGCAAAGAUCAAUCCGGAAAAAGCGAGGCACGGACCCACAGUCAGGAAAAACCCUCGGCAAAUCCUUCCCCUAAAAUGUCGCGCAAGAAGAGGAGCUCGGGCUUCUGCGAGUGCUGCCAGAUAAAGUACAAGCAUCAGGACGAGCACUUGCAGUCGGAUGUUCAUCGGCGCUUUGCGGAGGACGUGAAUAACUACGCCGUGGUGGAUCAGCUGGUGGUUGCCAUGGAAGCUGUUUUCUCGGGAUGUAAAGUUCCGCAGCUUGACGUGCUAACGACGAGGUUGUCGAGCGGCUCCGUGGCGACGCCGUCUGAAACGGUGCGAUGGCGUAAAAGUGAAACAGGACCCGCAAGCAGCCUGGAAAGCCGACAAGAACGUGUUCGUGACUCCCCGGUUCUCCAUCAGGAGCCUCAGGAACCUCGUGUAGAUGCCCCUCCUCACACUUCCUCAGCGAACAAACUAAAUUCAACUACAAACCACGAAACCUGUAUUCCCAGUCCUCACCCACAGGACGCUCUUAUUCCAGGCAGUGACCCUCUCGAGCACGCUCCUCCUUCUCCAGAUGUUCACGAACCAAAUGCUCCAGAGGAGCUUGCAGAAACCCGCCCGAGAGCUUUACCGGUCCGAGAAACAUCACUAAACGAACAACGAGGUUCGUCAACUCCCAAGCGGCAUCAAGAUGACGAUACCGUGCAUGAUCUAGCUGCAUGUGCACGGGUAACUGAAAGGGAACGGGAACCCCUGGUAGAUCCCACCUCUUGCUCUCCAUCCUUCUGCUCCCUGCCAUCGACCGCAACAUUUUCAGAAGGUGUGAACCCCAGGAAGCGCAGCAGAUCCUUUACCCUCAGCCCAAAGGCCUCAAAGAUGAGGCGGACUAACCUGUGGUCUGAUCCAACCUCUCAGAACUGUGGUGUUAACGUCAGUUUCGACGAUGUACACAGACACGUGAUCAGCGGACGCACAGAGGCUAAUGACGUUAUUGCACAUAAGCUCGAAACCGCAGAAAAACCAUCACUUGUCACCACGGUAACUCCAGAGGAUCACUGGUCUUUCCAGAACGAUCAGCAGGUCUCUGAAACGUAUCCAGACGCCGCCGCCCGUGACGUCUCGUCGGAACUCGGUCCUCCUCAGCUGUACCCUUUCUUCCACGACGACGUCUACCAAAAUCAGCUGCCGUUCCUUGACCCUCCUCAACUCGCCCCUAGUGUUCCCUUUCCUUCUGCGCAUACGACCUCCAGCGCUUCUCUCCCGUCUCCGUCUCUUUCGUCCAUCCGCAUCGAGUCCGCGCUUGUCCCGGACACGUUUUCCCCCGCUUCUUCCGAAUCGGGUUGGGAUUCCGGCCUCCUGUCGCGGUUCGCGCCGCCAGUUCACCUCCAGCCCAAAGGGGGACGCUGUGAGCUGGACUUGGGUUUGCUUCUGCAAAGUUCGUGUGCCGGGACGCAGGACGGAAGCUACGCGUCACACCUGUGUUCCGUGUUGCAGCCCGCCGCUGCUGUCGGAGAUCCGAAUACCAUCUACUGGCCGAUGGAGACCGUGGACAGGCGGAUAAUUCAGAGCCUGGGAGUGUAGAUGGAGCGCAGUAAUAAUAAUGAUCCAAAUCCUGCUGACAGAUUUGCAGAGCAGCAGCACUUAGGACACGUUAGACUCUCCUGGGGGCGUAAACAUGUUUGCUAGGUUCAAGGUCUGCUUUGUAAACAACCACCACACCGAAGGUUCUUGACGGCUGUAGGUGUACAGCGCGCUACGUCGCACUCCGUCGAGUCAUAGCUUAGGUUUGCUUCACGUUGUGUUAGCAUGUGAAGUGUCGUGAUCACCUCAAAGCAUUUAUACUCGAGAGCAUUAUCAUGCUAGCUAGCACAUAACUCGGGCGUUAUUGAGCGUUAGCGUAGACUGUUCAGGAAUACGCUCUCCACAUCUUCUCUGCCUUUUGGUCAUCAUAAAACCUCUUUUCACAAGCAGCGCCGGGAGAGCGCGUAUUUAAUGAAGUACCGCUGUAGGGGGGGAGGGGGGCGUCAGGCAAUUAGCUUAAGUGCUGCACCUGGACGUGUUCCCGCUAAUACGGUAGUGGAUAAAGUGAAGUGGAGUCAGUGCUGGACUCCUGGACAGGGCAGAGCGGAACGGUGACCGGAGAAUACGUCGGCGUAAAUGCACCGGAUUUUUGAGGAACUUUUUUUUAUGAAGUUCUACACACAGUCUUUUAAAAAUACUACUACUAUUUUUUUUUUUGUUUGUUUGUUUGUUGUUUUUUUGCUGUCAAUCAAAAGUAUUUACACAAACACUUUGGCCGCAGGCGUGAAAUAAACAUCUGCCGAAUCGUUUCUGAGCUUUUAAAAGUGAGACGCUUUUCUUUCUUAAGCUGAAUCCACCACGCUGAAGGAGCAGGACCACUCGUCACGCGUCUCAACACCUCCGUCUGUUUUUACUUUUUUAAACUCCACAUCAUGUCUUUUGGUUUAUUUUGAUUCAUUUAGUUAGAAAUUUUAUUUUAUUUCUUUUUGUCUGGGAAUCUUUUAUGAUGUUCACUACAACCUAAACCUGGGUUGCUUUUAUGAAUUAAAAAAAAAUCUGCUCA